AUGUCUUUACGUUCGAGGUCUACAUCAAGGUAUAUACCAGUUGCAAUAGGUGCAGUUGCAGUAGCUAUUUCUGCUUACUACUUAGCUCGUAAGAGAGGAUCUCUCAUUGGACCUGAAGUUGUAUUGAAAGGUGAUGGACAAUGGGUAGAUAUACCACUCUACAAGAUCGAAAAAGAAUCCCACGACGUUGAUAGAUUGAUAUUCAAAUUACCUAAAGAAGAUGCCGUCUUAGGUUUACCACUAUGUGGUGCAGUUUUCGCUAAAUAUGUCACAGAGAAGGGGAAUAAUGUGGUUAGACCAUAUACUCCCAUUAGUGACAUACAUGCAAAGGGAUUUUUCGAAUUGUGUAUCAAGAAAUAUCCAGGUGGGAAAAUGAGUGGCCGUAUGCAUUCAUUGAAACCAGGUGAUACAAUGACAUUUAAGGGCCCUAUCAAGAAAUGGCAAUGGGAACCAAAUUCCUUUGAGGAAAUCACAUUACUCGCUGCUGGUACUGGUACCACUCCAUUGUAUCAAUUAGCUUCUCAUAUUGCAAAAAACCCUAAAGAUACGACUAAAGUCAACAUCUUUUAUGGUAAUAAGACUCCUGGAGAUAUUCUAUUAAAAAAGGAAUGGAAAGAGUUGGAAGAAAAGUAUCCAGAUCAAAUUAAUGUGCAAUGUUUUGUCGAUGAAGUCCGCGAUGCAGAAAAGGACAACUUCAAAGGCCAUAUUGGAUUCAUUACCAAAGAAUUUAUUGAAAAAAUGCACCAGGCCCUGAUAAAAACACGCAUAUUUUCGUUUGUGGACCAUCAGGAUUUAUGA